AUGCUGCGACUCGCGACCAAGCUGGUUGCGUUCUUCUGGAGGAGAGCGGACGGCCCCAACGAGGACGCAGGGCCGCCGCGGUCCGAGCUCGCGGAAGGUGACACCAAGUUGAAAACUGUCCAGGGUGUCGUGACAAGGUACUGCAGCGAUUAUGGCAUGAUUGAUGAUUUGAUCUACUUCUCUAACGAAGCUGUGACCACCAAAGUGCUUCUCAGUGUCGGACAGGAAGUUAUUGCCGUUGUGCAAGAAGAUAAAGUGUCAAAUGGACUGAAAGCAAUUAGGGUGGAGGCUGUCUCUGAUAAGUGGGAAGACGACAGCAAAAACCAUGGCAGAGGGCUGUCCGACUCCAGCCCCCGAGUGCUGAUUGGCUGUGUGACUUCGCUGAUGGAGGGUGCUGGCUACAUCAGUCAGACCACAUACUUCUCUCUGGAGAGUGUUUGCGAAGGUUUCGAGCCCUGCAAGGGAGACUGGGUGGAGGCGGAGUACUGGAUCCGGCCGGGCACGUGGAACAGCGAGGCCAUCUCAGUGAAGCCCCUGAGGUACAAGCGCGUGGACAGGGUCUGCAUUUCUAGCCUCUGCGGGAGAAACGGGGUGAUAGAUGACAGCAUCUUUUUCACCUUGGACUCUCUGAAACUUGCUGAAGGAUACGUGCCUCGAAGACAUGACGUGGUCAGUGCCGUGGUGGUGGAGAGCAGCCAGUCAUGCUAUGUCUGGAGAGCCCUAUGCAUAACCCCAGUGAAAAGACGGGACCCCGCCGCCUUUGAAGAGGCUGCCGAUGAGUCCUGUGGAGCCCUUUUACUGAAAAACAAAGGUGAUAUUGAAGUCACGAGGAUGACAAAUUUUGGAACAUUAAAAGAAGGAGGAAGUAAAAAUAUGGUGGUCUGGAUAGAGAAUAAAGGAGAUAUUCCUCAAAACUUAGUCAGCUGUAAACUAGCUGGCUGGGAUAAAGCUAAACAAUUCAGAUUUCAAACACCGGAUAAAACCCAAACGUGCCCAGUAGGGUCUCUUGUUCCUGUUUCUGAGAAGGAGAGGAAGCUUUCGGAUGAAAAUAUUAACUCACUAGAUAGCUACCAAAAACACACAACCUGUCAGGCAUCAGAGAGCGGUGUGGUGAACAUCACAGAAGUCUCUCCAGACGACUGUGCUUGUGAAGGAGAAGAUGGGGACAAAGAAGAGAGGAAGCUGGGGAAGCAGGUGACAGAGCUGGAGCCCGGAGGGUUCAUCCCUCCCGGUGGAAGAGCCCCGAUUGUGAUUGUAUGUGAUGCAAAGAAUUCCGGCCGCUGCAAGGAGCUCCUUCUACUCUGCUUCUCCAACUUUGUAAUCGGGCGGUUCCUUGAAGUGAAUGUCGUAAGUGGGGAGGAGUCGCUAAUAGCUGUCCGAGAACCAUUUUCUUGGAGAAAGGCUAAAAGUUCCACCACAUUAACAUCCACAAAAACUACAGUUGUUGUGACCACACAGAAAAGGAACUCAAGACGACAACUUCCAAGUUUUCUUCCACAGUAUCCAAUACCAGAUAGACUUAAGAAAUGUGUGGAACAAAAAAUUGACAUUCUGACUUUUCAGCCAUUACUCGCAGAGCUUUUGAACAUGUCGAACUACAAGGAAAAGUUCUCGACUUUGCUCUGGCUUGAGGAGAUUCAUGCGGAAAUAGAACUGAAAGAGUAUAACAUGAGUGGGGUCACCUUGAAGAGAAACGGUGACCUGCUGGUUCUGGAGGUCCCAGGAUUGGCUGAAAGUAGGCCUUCUCUGUACGCAGGUGAUAAGCUGAUUUUAAAAACUCAGGAGUACGGUGGACAUGUCAUCGAGUACAUCGGCUAUGUGAUUGAGAUUCAUGAAGAAGAUGUAACUCUUAAACUUAACCCAGAAUUUGAGCAGGCAUAUAACUUUGAACCUAUGGAUGUGGAAUUCACAUAUAACAGGACCACAAGCAGACGGUGUCACUUUGCACUUGAACACGUCAUCCACUUAGGCGUUAAAGUGUUGUUCCCAGAAGAAAUCAUUUUACAGUCUCCCCGAGUGACGGGGAAUUGGAACCAUGCUCAAGACACCAAAAAUGAUGGACAGUCCACCAUCAAGAAUAGGAAAGCCAUGAAGGACCACACUAAGCACGCAGCCAAGGAGAGGCGGGCUGGUGCCCGGGACACGCCGGGGCCGGCGACCUUUGCUGAAAAGUCAACUAAUCUGGGUGCGUAUGGUGACCUCUGCCUGACGCCGGUUCUCACUUUGAAUACAGUAAACGAAGUUCAGAUCCCCAAGGUGAGAGAGAAGGAAUUUUUCAAUCCCUUGCUCAACGAAAACCAGAAGUUAGCGGUUAGAAGAAUCCUGAGUGGCGACUGCCGCCCGCUCCCGUAUAUUCUCUUCGGACCUCCUGGAACCGGGAAGACAGUGACCAUUAUAGAGGCUGUCUUACAGGUGUACUACGCUUUGCCGGACAGUCGGAUAUUGGUCUGUGCGCCCUCCAACAGUGCGGCCGACCUCGUGUGUCUGCGGCUGCAUGAGAGCCAGGUGCUGCGGCCCGGCGCCAUGGUCCGUGUAAACGCCACCUGCAGGUUUGAGGAGACAGUCACUGACGCCAUCAAGCGGUACUGCAAAGAUGGGGAAGAUAUAUGGAAGGCCUCGCGCUUCAGGAUCAUCAUCACGACGUGCAGCAGUGCAGGGCUGUUUUACCAGAUAGGAGUGAGAGUCGGACAUUUUACACACGUGUUUGUGGACGAAGCAGGACAGGCGAGUGAGCCGGAAUGCCUUAUUCCACUGGGGCUGGUUUCAGAUGCCAACGGCCAGAUUGUCCUUGCCGGAGACCCCAUGCAGCUCGGACCUGUCAUUAAGUCCAGACUCGCCAUGGCCUAUGGGCUGAAUGUGUCUAUGUUGGAAAGACUGAUGUCCCGGCCAGCGUAUCUGAGGGACGAAGACGCUUUUGGUGCUUGUGGUGCCUACAACCCCUUGUUGGUUACGAAGCUCGUGAAGAACUACAGGUCGCACCCAGCUCUGCUGGCGCUGCCGUCCAGGCUGUUCUACCACAGAGAGCUGGAAGUCUGCGCAGACCCCAAGGGGGUGACCUCCCUGCUGGGCUGGGAGAAGUUACCAAAGAAAGGCUUCCCCCUCAUCUUUCACGGCGUGAGGGGCAGUGAAGCUCGUGAAGGGAGGAGCCCGUCGUGGUUCAAUGCGGCCGAAGCUGUCCAGGUCAUGCGUUACUGCUGCCUCCUGGCCAGGGGCAUCUCCAGCCAGGUGUCUGCGAGUGACAUCGGUGUGAUCACGCCCUACCGGAAGCAGGUGGAAAAAAUCAAAAUUCUCUUGCGAAAUGUUGAUCUGAUGGACAUAAAGGUCGGAUCAGUAGAGGAGUUUCAAGGGCAAGAAUAUUUGGCCAUCAUCAUCUCCACUGUACGGUCAAAUGAAGAUAGAUUUGAAGAUGAUAGAUAUUUUUUGGGUUUCUUAUCCAACUCAAAAAGAUUCAAUGUUGCAGUCACCAGACCCAAAGCCUUGCUGAUUGUGCUGGGAAACCCUCAUGUUCUGGUCAGAGAUCCCUGUUUUGGUGCUUUACUGGAAUACAGCAUUACCAAUGGUGUCUACACAGGGUGCAAUCUACCUCCCGAGCUGCAGGCCCUGCAGAAGUGA